AUGCCUCUUCUCUCGCGACUACAAGCCUUUUCUUUCAACACAGAGUCAUGGUUCUCUACUAGCAGCUUUAUUUUCGUAAAAAAUCUGCUGCUAUUGAUCAACUUUUUAUCCAUGCUUGCAGGUCUUAUCCUUAUUGGUGCGGGAGGCUACAUCAAUACAAAUUCUGCCGAGGAUAUUGUGGGUCUUUCUGGAAGUAUUGCUGUAGCAUCUAUUGUUAUUGGCUGCAUUGUGACUAUUAUUUCGUUCUUGGGCUGCUUUGGUGCUGCAAAUGAAAAGGGUGUGCUUCUCAAGACCUACUUUGCAUUGUUGAUUAUUCUCGUGAUUUUGGAAAUCAGCGUUGGCGCUGCUGCCUAUGCUAAGCGCGACGAGAUGAAUACCUCUAUUGAUAUUGCAUGGCACAAUGCAGCACAAGGCCCCAACAACUCUACAAUUGUGGGCAUUGAAAAACUGGUAUGGAUUAAUGAAUUAGCUUGCUCUGCUACAAUCUUGGAUGAUUUCAAGUAUAAUUUUGACUGCUGCGGAUUCUACAAUACUACCGACGCAGUUGUCACACCAGAUUGCGUGCUCAAAACCCCUAAUAGUACUGGUUGCCAUGAUCAGCUGACUGCUACUCUGAAAGGAUCUCUAUCAACGAUUGGCGCAGCUGGAUUGGCUCUUGGUCUUGUUGAGCUUAUUGGUUUGAUUUUUUCUGUUGUUCUUUUCCGCAAGAUCGCGUCAAAAGAAACUGCUCAGAGCAAUCUACUCAAUGAGGCUUGGCGCAUUAAUCGCACCAAAGUACAGUAUGGAUAUCAAAACUACCAAUAUGUAUAA